AUGUCAAACAGUAUUGUGUUUUUGGAAGCUUGUACUAAUUCUUUUUAUAUUUUUCAGGCAACCGUCUAUCGCUCGGUCAUAAAUGACGUAAUUGAAAACGUGAAAAAAGAUUUUGAAGAUUCUGGAGUUGACGACUUAAAAGUCACCACUUGGGACUCGGGUGACAGUUUGGAAGAACUAAGUCAUAAUGGUAAUAUUAGUUCUUCAGUUAUGACUACAUCGUAUUCACAUCCUCCACCAAAUGAUUCCCAUCCGAAGGCUCCGUCUGGUGAUUUUGAAGUAGCAAAUCUUCCGAUUCUUGCAAGUUCGACACUUACUUCUAAUGAUUAUAAUGGAAUGGGCAAGCCUCAACCUCAUCUGUCUACAAUGAAAAAUGGCAAUAGCAACCCAUUGUCUUCAACAUCAUCUACGAAUGAAAUUAAUCCUCAAGUUUUCGCUAUUGUCUCUCAUCCUGAUGCUCAAACACCGCCUCCACAACAAUUAGCAUAUGACUCGUCAAGAAAAGAAACGAGACGUAACGAGUCAUACGGAGAAGAGGAUGAUAUUAAUUCUGAUCUCGACGACUCAGACGAUGAUGGUAACACUGAAGGCGAGGAAACACAGAAUAUUAUUUUAUGUUUAUAUGAUAAAGUGACUCGUACGAAAAACAAAUGGAAAUGCCAAUUGAAAGAUGGAAUAAUGUCGGUGAAUGGUCGUGAUUACCUCUUCCAGAAAGGAAAUGGUGAUUUUGAAUUUUAG